CAGAGUCUGUCCAUCAGACACAAAACCUCUUUUUCCACCCACCCCCGCACAACAGCAAUAUUGGCUUCUUUUCUCCACAACACUUUCCAAGCUCCGCACUCGUUAUUGGAACCAUGCCCGUGUAUACCUGCCGUGAAUGCCAAGUCGUCUUCGAUAGCAAAGUCUGGUACGAAGGCCACUUGCUGCGCACACACGAUACCCCCAUCGAGAAUGCGCACCCCAAGCCUGAGGAUCUCUCUACAUCGCCUGCAUCGUCAACUGACUCUACGCUGAUGGAGCAGGCGCACAAGGCACCGCUGAACCGCUGGUCACCGAAGCGCCUUUUCAGACGCCUGUCCUUGGGAAGCGCAUAGCUCCUUUUGAAACCUGUUUCUUUCUUGUAUAAACCAACUAAACAAACCACUUUGGGCCCCUUACCAGGAAUACCCGAGAGCGUAUUGACUACCAUGCCAUCAUGGUGCAGAUGCUGGUUGGAGGAAGACCAUAUGCCGACAUGUCCCCGCAUGUACCGAGUGAGUUGUCUUCCACAUGACAUCCUUU